AAAAAGAAAAAAUUGAUUCGCUUAAUCCAGACCCCCGGACUUAUACGGUGGAGCGAAGGUCCGGGUCUUCAAACGCUGCCAAGAAAUAGUAAAGCCCGAGUCGAUAAGAUUAAUUAUCAGAGGCCUUUUUUUCAGUAAGAGCAUAACAAUGGCCAUGUCACUCGCUCAGGCCACCAUCUUCUCCAGAACCUCACUCUUUCUCUCCAGAAAUGCCCUCAGAAGCUUCACCUUUUGCGUCCCUUCCUCUUCUUCUUCUUCUGAUAAUCUUCGCCGCAAGAAAUGGAGCCAACCGGUGGCUUCAGUGCUCGAACUGGGUGGCGUCAAGAUUGCUCGAGAAGAUGUGGUGAGGGAUGAUCCUACAAACAAUGUCCCGGAUAUAAUUUUUUCGAGACUUGGAAUGCAACUUCAUAGGAGGGAUCAGCACCCGCUUGGGAUUCUGAAGAAUGCAAUACAUGAGUACUUUGACACCAGUUAUUCAAAUAAGUUUGAUAAAUUUGAUGAUCUCUGCCCAAUUGUAUCUGUAAAACAGAAUUUUGAUGAUGUCUUGGUUCCUGCUGAUCAUGUAAGCAGGAGUUAUAAUGAUACAUACUAUGUUGACUCUCAAACUGUUUUGAGGUGUCAUACAAGUGCUCAUCAGGCGGAGCUAUUGAGAAAUGGACACACUCAUUUCCUUGUAACAGGAGAUGUGUACCGUAGGGAUUCCAUAGACUCAACUCAUUACCCUGUGUUUCAUCAGAUGGAAGGUGUUCGUGUGUUUUCACCAGAUGAUUGGGAAGCAUCUGGCAUAGAUUCUACAUCUUAUGCAGCUGAGGACUUGAAGAAAUGUCUUGAGGGCUUGGCACGUCACCUAUUUGGUGCUGUCGAAAUGCGCUGGAUUGAUACUUAUUUCCCUUUCACCAAUCCAUCAUUUGAACUUGAGAUAUAUUUUCAGGAGAAAUGGCUGGAGGUUUUGGGUUGUGGUGUGAUGGAGCAAGAAAUAUUAAAGAGAAGUGGCAAAGUGAAUAAUGUUGCCUGGGCUUUUGGUCUUGGAUUGGAGCGGUUAGCAAUGGUUCUAUUUGACAUACCAGAUAUUAGGCUUUUCUGGUCAACUGAUGAGCGAUUUACCUCGCAGUUCUCCAAGGGCCAGCUGGGAGUCAAAUUCAAGUCAUUUUCGAAGUUUCCUCCUUGUUACAAGGAUAUAAGUUUUUGGAUCAGUGAAUCAUUCACUGAGAACAAUUUAUGUGAAAUUGUCAGAGGAAUUGCUGGAGAUCUUGCUGAAGAGGUGCAAUUGAUAGACAAUUUCACCAACAAGAAAGGAAUGACCAGUCAUUGUUAUAGGAUUGCAUAUCGAUCCAUGGAACGUUCACUCACAGAUGAGGAAAUUAAUGACUUGCAGUGGAAUGUAAGAGAGCAGGUGCAGAGCAGGCUGAAUGUUGUUCUAAGAUGAGGGCUCCUGAUUUAAGUUAUUUUUGUAAUACAGUUUUAAGCCAGUAAUGACAAGCAAAGCACCCCCCAAGAUUGAAGGGGACACAAAUUUCCUCAACAAUAAGGUGAUCCAACAGUUUUGUUUUAGUAUCUUUAAUUUGCUAUGGUGCUACCUUUUCUCUGAUGAGUUUGAUAGCAAUCACCUUUUCUUAAGAUAAAAGCACUUUGUCCAAAUUUUACCACUGGUGAUUUCACAUGACGCCUGUAAAUUCCAAUGCUACUUCACAAAACUGUGGUAAUGAACAAUCACAACCCUCUGAUGGUAGUAUUUUCCUACCUUUCUCUUAAACAUGUGAUUAAUAGUUUUCUUCCAA